AUGGCUGAACUGAUGCCGUCGGACUCCAGAAGGUGAGACCAAAACAGAGAUAAAAGUCAGGUUUUUAAGACUGAAAUCAGGUUUACUGGAGAGAGAGCUAAAGACACAGCCUGAGUGAAAACCAACACUCUGAUCCCUCCAUAUGCAAUUUGAGUUAAUACCUCCAACAGCCCAUAAUAAGCUUGAAUUAAACUCAUUAUACUGGAGAAAACUCGAUUUAGAGAGGAGCCUGCUGCAAAAACACAAGUUUUACUGACAUUCAGAGAGUCAUUCGAAGAGUUAUUUAUCAUUAUUUCUAAGUAUCUAUUAUAGAUCUGAGUCCACAUUUUAUUGCAUCUAGUAAGAAUAAAAAAACUAUCCCUAUGUUGGACCAAUAACACAAAAGCUUUAAAAAAAUGUAUGUAUUCCUGUCUAGUGUUUUUCAAAGUAAAGUAAAAGGCAGAAAAGCUCUCCUUUUUCAAGGUUCGAGAUUUGUUUAUUUGUCAUGUGCAUGUUAAACAAGAGUGACAGUGCAAUGAAACGCCCUGGAUGAGAGGAUAAAACACACAAUAAGUACUGAAAGGAAUACAAUAAAAUAAGGAUACAAAAAUAUUUAAGCCGAAUAAAAGUAUAAGAGAAAUAUUUACAAAGUUUACAAAUGCAGUAGGUUCUGAGUGUGAAUGCAUGAAAUGGAGGAUAAGUCGGGGGGAUAGAUAUGAAAAUUGUCAUAUUGCACAUGAUAAAUGAUGGUGAAAGAGUUGCUGUAUUGCACAUGGUAUUAGAUGGUAUUCAGGCCUUUUGCUGUUAAAAAAAAAAGUGGUGCAUCAAAACAAAAGUGUUUUUAUUCUGCGGGGGAAUUCAGUCACGUUAAUCUGACGCCAGUAUCAGCUGCUGUCUCUGCUGUAAAAUCCUUAAAUUUAGAUGUUUCUUUGUGUGUUUUCUCGCAGGUGUACUUAUUUCUUCCUCUACGAUGGAUCAAAGGUCAAAGGUGAAGGCGACCCGACAAGACAGGGAAUCUGCUACUUCUACCCUGAAGAGGUCUGACCCUCAGAUUAUGCCGUAUCACAGAUUGACUUGAGCGUGUUUUCAUGGGUGUCUGUGUUCCUGUCAGACCUCCUUAGAUAAGCAGGAGCUGCUCUGCGGUCAGCUGGCUGGCGUGGGCCGCUGCGUCUCUGAGCUGUCCUUCUCUCCGGUCCGGAUACUGAGGCUGCGCCGCAACAAGUUUGCGAUACGCAUGAAGGAUGACUUCUUCUGGGUGAGUGGGCUCAGAUUUGUGUUUACUUCAGAGUAUUUUCCUCCCCUGAGUUUACCAAAGUUAUUUCAGGGUUGUGUUGUUUUUGUUUAAUCUCUCAGGCUCUCGGCUGCUCAGUGGAAGUCCCCACCGUGAGUGUGUGUGAGCUCCUGGAUCAGCUCAUAAACCUCUUUUGUUUCUACAACGGAUCUGUCAGACGGAGCUACCAGGUGCAGAGUUGUUGUUGUUGUGUAACAGUCAUGCACUUCAGACUUUUUGAGGUCUGAGUUUCGUUUUUAAGAGAACAUAAUUUCAGGUGUUUUUUCACAUCUUUGUUUUGCGCUGCAGCUCAACAGCAGGGGGGCUUUGGCCGCUCGAUGGGCGCAGUACCUCUCACACCUGCAGUCCGGAUGCUCAGAGCUUCACUAUAUCUUCAGCUGCUUGAAGACUCUGGACUCGACUAAUGUGAGCACACAAACCGUUGACUUCUUCAUUCAGCCUUUAGUGGAUUUCAGCGCUGCUGCUUCAGAUGUUUUCAGACAGGAUAUGACUGUUUCAUAACGUCUCUGGUCUUGUGAAAGAGCACACGCUGUGAAGAGGCAGAUUUAAUCUUCGGUUCAUUUGUAGCUGCUGGAAAGGUUAAUUAAAAAAUUAUUCUGUUAAUGCCUUUUCUGAUCUCAGUAAAACACAAAGGGACGUGCAGAAAUAAAACAGUUCACACAAAAUGUAAAAACUUUAUAUUCACACAACCUCAAAAGGAUUUUCAUGCAGGACAGAUUCUUUAUUUAUCUUGAUUUAUGAACUUUUUAAGUAAUUAGUUUUUCUCUUCCGGACUCUCAGGUCGACCCGUUACUCCUGCUCAAAGCCGCCCUCAUCCUGCAGGCCUGUCAGCGCUGCCCUCUAGUGUUGGCAGGCUGUAUUCUCUUCAGAGGAAGGUGAGCUGAUGUUUCAGUCAUACUCCUCCUCCUCCUCCUCACAGCUCGACACUUUUAAUGAACGGCAGGUUUUUAUUUUUUAAAGCUGAUUUUUUCUUCACAGAGUGGUGAGCACACAGAUGAGUCCACAGCUCACCAUGAAGGUCAUGGUUCAGGAGAACGAGACGUACAACAAGGUAGGUAACGGGUGAGGGGGGGAUAACAGGAUGAUGUCUGAAAGAUCUACUCUGUCUCUACUUUCCUCCCUCCUUCUCUUCUUCCUUUUCUCCUUCUCCCCUCUCUCCUUUCCUCCAUCCUUCCUUUCCUCCUUCUAUCCUUCUCUCCUUUAUUUCUUUCUUCCUUUUCUCCUUCUCUCCCUCCCUCCCUCCCUCUCUUUUUUCCUCCCUCUCACCUUUCCUCACUCCUUCUCUCCUUUCCUCCCUCCUUCUCUCCUUUCUUUUCGUCCUUCUCUCCUUUCCUCCCUCCUUCUCUCCUUCUUUCCUUUCCUUCUUCUCUCCUUUCGUCCUUCCUUCCUUUCCUCCUUCUAUCCUUCUCUCCUUUAUUUCUUCAUUUCUUUCCUACUGCUCUCUCUUUCCUCUCCCUCUCCUUCCCUCCCUCCUUCUCUCUUUCCUGUCCUCUUUCCCUUCCUCCUUUCCUCCCUCCCUCUCUCCUUUCCUCCCUCUCUACUUUUCUCUCUCCUUCUCUCCUUUCCUCCCUCCUUCCUUUCCUGGCUCCUUCUCUCCUUCUUUUCUUUCCUCCUUUUCUCUUUUCCUCCCUCCUUUCUUUCCUCCUUCUAUCCUUUUCUCCUUUAUUUCUUCCUUCCUUUCCUACUGCUCUCCCUUCCUCCUUUUCGCCUUUCCUCCGUCUCUCCUUUCCUUGUCCUUCCUUUCCUCCUUCCCUCCCUCCUUCUCUCCUUCCUUUCCUCCUUCUAUCCCUCUCUUUUUUCCUGUCUCUCCAAACAGAUCAGAGAAACCAGAGUGAUGAAAAGAUGAAAUGAAGACAUGAAAAACGUAUUUUUAUUAAACUAAUCUUUGUGGAUUAAUGAGCAGGAGGCCUUUAACGAGGGAAGUGAAGUGAAUAAGAGCUAAUGUAUGAAUGAAGUAAUGAGGUAUAUAUAUAUAUAUAUAUAUAUGUCUGUAAGUAUAAGUUCAAAAUGAAAACAGAAAAGAAGAUAAAGAGCCCAGGAAGAGGAGUUACUGCGUAUCCUGUUACUGAUGAUGGAUCCAAAACAAAACAAAGUGAUUUUGUUGCUGCUGCAGCAGCUCCAGGACAGAGUUAUUGAAUAUCUUUGCAGCACGUCUCAGUGUUACGCUCUCUUACAAUCACAGAAAGGUGAAGGAAAGUUGUUCAGCUUGCAGGACGGCCUGUUCUUGUUGUUUUUAGCUCUUUGUUCAUGUCACAGAGGAGCUGGAUUUGUCUUUCAUGUUGUCAUUUGAGCGUGAGCUUUGUCCUCUCUCUCUCUCUCUCUCUCUGUCUCUCUCUCUGUCUCUCUGUCUCUCUGUCUCUGUCUCUCUCUCUCUCUCUCUCUCUCUCUCUUGUUGGUUGACCUGAUCGUCAGGUGGUAGACGUCAUCAUCUCUUUUAGCUUUUUACUGUAAUUUUAUCACCUGGUUCUGCUCAGUAAAAAACUUCUCAGUCACAGAAAUGUGAUUAAAUGUCAGUUUUUAUUUCCACUCAUGGUCCUAAGAAGCUGUUUCCCUCUUGAUUCAGGCGCAGAGGUUAAACGGCGAGAGAACCUCCAGCCCGUUUGGCGGCGACGUCUGCUACACGACGGUCUACCUGACCAUGUCGGAGCUUCAGUUCCUGCAGUCGGUCCCUGCGGACAAAGACUUCAGGUAACCUCUCCUCUCAUUAGUUCUUGUCUUACCGAAGCUUUUGUUCAAUAACGUGUGAGAAAGUUCAAACUCGUCUUCUCCCCUCCAGCUCUCAUUCAACGCCUCACAAAGACACGCCCCCAACGAGGACCCGCCUGUCCAGGACUUUGUCUGACAUGUCCGAGUCCGAGAACUCAGACCCGGGUUGCUCCCAGUCUUACCUGAAGGUUUCGUUCAGCCCUCAUUUGUCAGACUGCUCAGUUUUUAGUCCGUCUACGUCACAGAGCACCGGCGACCCCGCCAGCCCCCCGCCACAGCUGCUGGAGUCGUCUUUGUCCAAUGGAAACCCGUCCGAUGAAGCCGAGGAGCUGGAGGAGGAGGAGGAGGCGCUGGAAGUGUCAUAUUACCACAGUUUCAACAGCAACGAAGGCGGGGGCGGCCAGAAACAUCAGGAAGGAGACAAUUCGGUGUCUGAAGAAAGUCCACGAUUAAAUGGAGGCAGGGAGGAUGGCGACGCAGCGGGUGGGGCGGCGUUUGACUUCAGAGGGGCUGAAUGUGGACACGAAGGAGCCAGUCGAGGAGGGAGUCCUCAAGACCACAAAGCAGAGAUGAGCGGACCUUCUCCUUCCUCGAGCUCUUUUGACAAAUCAGAGGACAGCCCUCUGAUUCCCAUGAUGCUCUACCUGCACCGGGUCAAAGGUCUGGUCCUGGCUCUGCUGGCGGAGCCUCACUUCCUGAGUGACAGCUCGUCUAUGGAGGAAGUGGUGAGAACGAUGUCUGUACCCGUGAUUGUACGUGCUCAUGAGUUUGUCUUUGAGAUGUUAAUGUGGAUGUUGGUUUGUCUUCAGUAUCACAGCAGUCUGGCGUCUCUGAACGGACUGGAGGCUCAUCUGAGGAACGUGUCUCCGGUGGUUCCAGGAGCUCCAGGACCGUACGUCUUCGCCCAUUUCGACUGUAUUCAGAGCACACUGACAGGUGAGACUCAUGCAGAUCCGUUUAUUCCUCAUCUCAGGGAUCUCACCUGUUUUCUCCCACCUUUUUAACCACAACAAUACAGAGUAUACCUCUAUAUAUCAUCAUCAAUAUAAAACAUUUCUUUUCCUUUUUCCAGCUGUAUGUGUAUUUUUACAAACAUCCACAGAUAAUGUAGGAAUAAAUCAAAGAGAAUAAUCAUCGCAAAUAAACAAAGUCCACUCCGAAGUUCAGAUUUAUAGGUGCAGAUUCUAGUCAGAGGCAGGAUGACAGUAUUUUGAUCUGGACAGGAAGUUCUUACACCAUUAACAUAAACUGUUAUUGCAUCAAUAAAGGGACCACAAGUUCCCAUCUUUCAUUAAAGGAGGCCCUCCGAAGCCUGAGUGAAACUGUGAUCUGCUCUGUUUGAUAAAUAUCCCAGACUUUUUGAAUCCAGAUAUCGUUUGAGGGAUGUUCUGAUGGUUAUAGACUCAAUAAUAUGUUUUAAGAUGUUUUUUUUUCUGACCUCCUGUUCAAACCUUCAGGUAUUUCUCCCAGUAUUUCCACCUUGAGGUCUUGUGGGAUAUUCAUUUUAAAAACCUCCUUCAGGGCGUUGAAAACCUCCGUCCAAAACACACUUAAUUUAGGACAAUUUAGCUUUUUUCCCACGUUACUUUUAUUUCUCCUCUCCUCUACGUUUCUCGUGUCUUAGUUCUGUACCUGUGAUACUCAAAAGUCUGAAUCUCUUCUGAAACUCAUGAAUCUCCUGUCCUCUUUCAUAUCUAGUAUCUCAUCCCUCCUUGCCUCUGCAGUCUUGUCUUUAAUCGCUCUCACUUAUCUCUGAUAAUUCUCUCUUUUCCAGCCUCUCAUUUUUCACUUUUCCCCUAACGUGAGUAUUUCCUGCUUCUCUGUUUCUCCCUUCUUCGUAUUUAUCUUUUCAUGAGUUUAGACUAAAAGACUGUGGCCCAAUCCCAAACCGCCCCCUACACACUCGGCCUUCGAGUGUCACUUGUAAUGAGUGCAUCUGAAUUGAAACAGGAGGGUAUAAACAAGAUGGGCGGGUACGGGACGCCCUCCUCACUCCACCGGAAAACAGAAAGAUGUAUCGCCAUAGCAACACAAAGAUGCGUCCUGUGCGAAGAAGCGUUUAUUUUCUUAGUAAACGGACAUCAUGUUCGGUUCUGAGCGGCACCAGCUGCCUCGUUUCUUCAUCCUCCCAGUAAAAUCAUAAAUCCAAUAACUAUUACAGCGACAGAAGCUGAAUUAUACCUCUGAUUGUUAGUGAUUCCACUCGUCUUUGAACCUCUUUACUAUUUGACGUGUGCCUGACCAAUCAAAACAAACGUCAGCACAGAGUAAGAUUUCAGAGUUUCAUUUGAUCUUUCCAAAACACGUCUUUUGUGAUUUUUUUUUGUCAGUAAGACAAAGGUGGACACAUACGGAACUUAGAUUUGUAUGAUUUAGGGCUGAUUGAUCCACUCACCCUCCUCACUCUGCGGUUUGGGACGGCCUCCAAUAUGGCCGAGCCUCUGCAGGGGCGUGCAAAUGGAGGGAGAGUGUGUAGGGCGAGUGUUUAGGGGGCGGUUUGGGAUUGGGACUUAGAGACUUCGACUUUCUUUAUUUGUCAGUUCACAGAAUAAAACAAAGCAGUAAUUUCUCUCUGCGAUGAAACGUCGCUGCUCGGCUUCCAUAUCACAGCAUGAUGGUGUUUUAUUUAAUAUACAUUAAAAAAUAAAAACAGUAAAAACUAAAGGUAAAAUAGCAGCAUGGUGAGUGAUAUCGCACUUUCUGGAGGUAGAGUAAUAGUGGAAUAAAAACCAAAUAAAGAAAAGUAUAUAUAAAUAGAUAUAUGUUCUUAUUUACAGAUAAUAAAUAGUAAAAACAGGAACACAGUGCAGCAGGGUGUGAGUGGGAAGUUAUAUGUGGGGUCAUUUGACAUUUAUGCAUACGAUAUUUGUGUUGUUUAUAGUGUAAAUACUUGUAAAUUAUCUCUAUAUGUUUACUUAUUUUAUCUAUUUAUCUCUAUAUUUUUUACUUAUUUUUACUUAUUAUAUCUAUUAUUUAUCUCCUCUUUUUACUGUAUUUGCACUGGAGUAAUUUCCCCCUGGGGAUUAUUGAUUUAGCAGUCUGACAGUGAGGGGGAAGAAACUGUUUGUGAAUUUUGGCUGUUCUGCAGCUCAUUACUAAGCCUGGGGUCGGUGUUGUUGUUUUGUGCAGCAGGCGUGUCCGUCCAGGUAAACACGCCGCCGCCGGCCGCUGACGUACUGACUCUCUUACUGUUAUUGUGUACCUCUGCAGCCAACCUGUCUGGUCGACCAGGGGGAGCCCCGGAGCGUCCCUUUGUGAGAGCCACAUCACUGCUCCACUCGCAUUUCUAUAACACUGAAACUCUGCAGGAGGCUAUUAUCAGGUCGGUAUGGCAGUGACAUGAUGGGUUGGGUGUGGGGAGGGGUCUUAACCUUUUCAUGGCUCUGCAAGUAAAAGUUGGGGGUUGGGAUUGUUUCUGUCAUCUCUAUCAUCUCAUUUCUGCAGAGUUAGUUUCUGUUUCUGUACGUGCACGGAUCAAACUUCAACGUGUGUCAUUUACUAAAAAAGAAGAAGAGCAGUCGUAUCGUCUUAUUUCUUCCUCACAUCACUCGCUCUUCAUCCUUUCACAUGCGUCAUUGUUCGACGUGCUUGAAAUGUAAAUGCGUGGGACAUUUUCCCCGCAGGAGUGCUGGUGCUGCGGUGUAUGGAACCCGCAGCGUGGCCCAGGAGACUUACUUCCAGCAGCACGGGGGAUCUGUAAGGAACUCUGGGAUCCCUAACCACCAGGACAGUGCGUUCUCGCUGCCCAGCAAGGCCCGACACAGGCUCCUCAAACACGGGGUCAACCUGCUCUGA